ACACCCGCUUUUUCUCACCGGAACUUCUCCCCCACCGUCACACAAGGUAUCUUACCUGAGGAACGUUCCGCAAACCGCCAUUGCCAGCUCUUUUCACUCAUCAUCCCAUCGCCUAUCCUCCCCUCAUCAAAGUACAUUGCUCAUCCCCCGCGUGGAUUGGAGCUACAACCCCUAACACAUUGAACUCGUCGUCAUCGACACGAUGGCCGCCCCCCAAAAUCCCGUCCAAACCCCCAAGAGACGCCGCAUCGCGGUCUUGACCUCCGGUGGUGAUGCUCCUGGUAUGAAUGGCGCCGUGCGGGCUGUCGUCCGCAUGGCCAUCCACUCCGACUGCGAGGCCUACGCCGUCUUCGAAGGUUAUGAAGGUCUGGUCAACGGCGGAGACAUGAUCCGUCAGGUCUACUGGGAAGACGUCCGCGGCUGGCUGUCUCAGGGUGGUACCCUGAUCGGCUCUGCUCGCUGCUUGACCUUCCGCGAGCGCCCCGGUCGUCUGAAGGCCGCCAAGAACAUGGUCCUCCGUGGCAUUGAUGCCCUGGUGGUCUGCGGUGGUGACGGCAGUUUGACUGGUGCUGAUCUCUUCCGGUCUGAGUGGCCGGGUUUGUUGGAGGAGUUGGUCGAGAAGAAGGAGUUGACUAAGGAGCAAGUCGAGCCUUACAAGAUCUUGAACAUUGUCGGGCUGGUUGGAUCCAUCGACAACGACAUGUCCGGCACGGACGCCACCAUCGGUUGUUACUCGUCCCUGACUCGUAUCUGUGAUGCGGUUGACGACGUGUUCGACACUGCCUUCUCCCACCAGAGAGGCUUCGUCAUUGAGGUCAUGGGACGUCACUGUGGUUGGCUCGCCUUGAUGGCUGCCAUCAGUACCGGUGCUGACUGGCUCUUCGUGCCUGAAAUGCCUCCUAAGGAUGGAUGGGAGAAUGACAUGUGCUCCAUCAUCACUAAGAACAGAAAGGAGCGCGGAAAGCGGAGGACCAUUGUCAUCGUGGCCGAGGGUGCACAGGACCGACACCUGAACAAGAUCUCGAGCUCCAAGGUCAAGGAUAUUCUGACCGAGCGUCUGGGUCUGGAUACCCGUGUGACGGUUCUGGGUCACACUCAGAGAGGUGGUGCGGCCUGUGCUUAUGACCGCUGGCUGUCGACUCUGCAGGGUGUGGAGGCCGUUCGCGCCGUCCUCGAUACCAAGCCCGACUCGCCGUCGCCCGUCAUCACCAUCCGCGAGAACAAGAUCAUGCGCACGCCCCUGAUGGAGGCCGUGAAGCUCACCAAGACCGUUACCGCACACAUCGAGAACAAGGAGUUCGACAAGGCCAUGGCUCUCCGCGACUCGGAAUUCAAGGAAUACCACUUCUCUUACAAGAACACCUCCACCCCCGACCACCCGAAGCUCUUGCUCCCUGAGAACAAGAGAAUGCGCAUCGCGAUUGUGCACGUCGGUGCCCCCGCUGGUGGUAUGAACCAGGCCACCCGCGCCGCCGUCGCCUACUGUCUGACCCGCGGCCACACUCCGCUUGCGAUCCACAACGGCUUCCCCGGUCUCUGCCGCCACCACGCCGACACCCCGGUCAGCUCCGUCCGCGAGAUCAAGUGGAUCGAGUCCGACAGCUGGGUCAACGAGGGAGGAUCCGACAUUGGAACGAACCGCAGCCUGCCCGGUGAGGACCUGGAGACGACCGCCAAGUGCUUCGAGAAGUUCAAGUUCGAUGCGCUGUUCGUCGUCGGUGGAUUCGAGGCCUUCACUGCUGUCAGCCAGCUGCGCCAGGCGCGCGAGAAGUUCCCCGCCUUCAAGAUCCCCAUGACCGUGCUGCCGGCCACGAUCUCCAACAACGUGCCCGGUACGGAGUACUCGCUGGGUAGCGACACCUGUCUCAACACCCUGAUCGACUUCUGCGACAUCAUCCGCCAGUCGGCCUCGUCCUCGCGGCGUCGUGUGUUCGUCAUCGAGACCCAGGGUGGUAAGUCGGGCUACAUUGCCACGACGGCUGGUUUGUCGGUGGGCGCGGCGGCCGUGUACAUUCCCGAGGAGGGCAUCGACAUCAAGACGCUGUCGCGCGACAUCGACUUCCUGCGCGAGAGCUUCACCCGCGACAAGGGCGCCAACCGCGCCGGCAAGAUCAUUCUGCGCAACGAGUGUGCCUCCAACACGUACACCACGCAGGUGAUCGCCGACAUCCUCAAGGAGGAGGCCAAGGGCCGCUUCGAGUCGCGUGCCGCGGUGCCCGGCCACUUCCAGCAGGGCGGCAAGCCGUCGCCGAUGGACCGGAUCCGCGCGCUGCGCAUGGCCACCAAGUGUAUGAUCCACCUGGAGAGCUACGCGGGCAAGUCGCCGGAGGAGAUUGCCGCGGACGAGAUGUCCGCCUCGGUGAUUGGCAUCAAGGGCUCGCAGGUGCUGUUCUCGGCCAUGGGCGGCGCGAACGGGCUGGAGGCGACCGAGACCGACUGGUCGCGUCGUCGGCCCAAGACGGAGUUCUGGCUGGAGCUGCAGGACACGGUCAACAUCCUGUCCGGCCGGUCUAGCAAGGAGAACGCGGCUGCCUGGACUUCUUACGCGGCUUAGGUUGGUGAGAAGGCUGACACGGGACGAGGCCAGGCCGGGCUGGGCUAGAGCUAGAUACGAGCGUGGCAUGAGGCAUGAAAAGAUCGAUACAGUGAUGGGUGUUAUGCGAUAUGGAUAAUGAUUCGUUCAUCAAUGGACUUGUUGAUGUUUACCCUCCUCCUCGCACCUUCCCCGUAGGACUGACCCUGGUGUAUACCCAGAGUAAGGACCCCCUUUGCACCUUCCCACCCAAACCACUCCUCAUCUAUACCUAGGGUAAGGCUUCCCGGGGGAGAACCCCCGGACCCCCCUUUUCUUUCAACUUCCC